AUGUCCCACAGCACGCGCGGGAGCAAGGACACCGCGAUUCGCGCCGCACCGUCAUUAUCUGUCAUCGAGCGCGACGUCACUUCCCCAGACGUUAACGGUAACGGAGCCGCCAACGGAGCAUCUGCCUCCGUCAAUUCAUCAAAGCAACAGCUGGAGCUGGAAAUCCUGCCAUCGUUCGUGCCGCAAGAGCUCACAGCCGCAGCAGACAUCUCAGAAGCUUUUCUCUCUCCGGAAUCCUCCGCACUUCUGUCGCUGUCGGUACUCGAACCCGCGACCUCUCCGCAACGGCAAGAGCCCGAGGCGGAGGCGGCGGAGGAACGCGGAAACAACAGCAGUAGCGCUGAAGUAACGGAUGAUGCGGGAAAAGCAAAGGAGGACGAAAGCUGGCUUAGGCUGAUGACGCAGGCUGGGUACUCGAAGCGCAUGGAGGCAAUCGGCGAUCAGUUCUUUGAAUCGGACUUGCGGCCUGUCGUCCUCUUUGAUGGCGUGUGCAACCUGUGCAACAAGUGGGUCAACUUUCUUCUCGACUAUGAUCCGCUCGGCAAUCUGCGCUUCGCCUCGCUGCAGGGCGACUCGGGGAAGGCCCUUCUCCGCCGCGCAGGUCGCGACGAAAACGACCACUCGGACAUUGUCCUCGUUGCACACAACAAGGCGUAUUUCGGCUCUGACGCAAUCCUUCAAAUCUUCUCCCGGUUGAAGCCGCCUUUCCCUCUCCUAGCUGCGGCGGGCCACAUCACACCGCAUGCCCUCCACGACUUCAUCUACAAGACCGUGUCUGAAAGCCGGUACACGCUCUUUGGCAAGGCGGAUGCAUGUAGACUCUCCGGCCCGGACCUGAGCUACAGAAUCCGCGGGCUCAAUAAAAUACCCCAUGGUCGUAAACUCCUCGCCGUGAAAGCGACUGUUGCUGACGUGGACGGCAUUGACGCUGAUGUAACGAGUGCUGAAAUCACGCCGGGUAGGGAUGGACUCGAAACGACGCAGCCCGAAUCCGCCUCCGCAUCCGAGAAUCUCGAGGCCACUACGGAGGACGUGCUUAUAUCGGACGACGAAUCGUCGUCGCCGUCAAAAGACGAUAAUCUGGCGGACGCCUACCAUAUCCUUCAUCAUCGAAUCACCCAACCCGCCGGGGAGUCUGCACCCGCUGAAACUUCCGCCGAUGAAGCUUCCUCGAAGACAAACGAAUCGACGCGCCCGGACGCGGGGCAGCAGGGCAGCAGCGAGCUCAGCGGAGGCGACUUGGGAUACGGCCCGGAACUCCAGGCGUUUGAUGACGUCACGGAGCCGGAUGACGGAAUCGCGGAAGACGCGGAAGAAGCGGAUGAUUUGGAAGAGGAGGAUGAUUUGGAGGAGGACUACUCGGUAGGGAUGUCGGAACUUGGGAAUGCAAAAGACGACGAUGACGAUGACGUGGAAUGGGAAGAGGAUCUCGAUUUCCUGGUGAAACCUGACGAGGAGGCCGUGCUGGAGAAGGAUGCGACAAGUGAGGCUGCGGGGGGAUUGGCGGAAGGCGGGGGAUUGGCGGACGGAGCAACUGCGCAAGUUGCGGUAUCGGAUCAGGUGGAACAGGGAGGGCUGGCCGUUGCUGCAACGGACGACAUCAAUAAGGGGCCUGAGCCGCAGGUGUUUGAUGACGUUAACGAGCCUGAGGCUAAUAACGCGGAUGGGACUGAAACGGCUACAGUAAGAGACGGAAACAAGGGAGGAUCUAAUGCUGAAGCUUUGGAAGAAAGCAAGGAGGAGACGAGCAGUGUGAGUGACAAUAAAGAGGGAGGAGGGAUUGAGGAAGGGUUGAAGGACAUUGUUGACAUUGAUGCAGGAAUUACUGCGAACCCCAUCAGCAUGGUCCUGGAGGAGGAUAUCGAGGCUGCUAAUAAAGGGGCAGAGGAAGUUCCAGACGUAGAGGGGCACCGGCGGGUGCUUUGGAUGCUGGAGAAUGCUUUGGAUACAGAGAUGGAUGCUUGA